AUGUCUACCGAGACAAACAUCAAGCUCACCCGUACCAUCUACCGCGGUACCUCGCCUAGCACUGUUAGGCUAGAGGUAAGUGCAUGAGACUUCUUUUCCUUAGUCCCUACUUUUGUUGAUAACACGUAAACAUGUGAUUUCUGUAAACAACUCAAUUACUUUAUACUUGUGGUGAAGGACAUUGCCUGAGCAGAAAACUGACUAAAAAAACUUCACUUAUGAACUUAACCUCACGAAGUACCUGGGGUUAAAUGAAGCGGUCGGUUGGGUACCGCGGGAAUAAUGCUCCCUUUUUUGAAAAAAAAACAGGUUUUAUCACUGAUUUGAUCCUAUUACUAAAAUGUGUUUGAUGCUUAAGAGUAAGCUGACCUAACAGGACCAAAAGAAAAUGAGCGUCAGUAAAGGAAAGAACCUGUCAGAUCUGAAAUUAUUCUGCAGAUGACCCAUGGAGGCAUCGUGCAUUGCUUGCUGGCUGAGAUCGGUUGUUGAAUAAUUUAGGCAUGAGAAGCGGACCUUGCUGGUCAGCUUCGCGCGGUACGUAUGAUGGAAAACUUGGUCUAGAAACAGCAUGGAGGAGGAACGGAGAGAUCAAACCGGAAGGGCAGCAUGACAACAACUCACGAUUCAAAAUGUCGACUUUUGUACUACAAGGACUUUCAUCGAUUGAGGAAAAGGUUGCGUGUAGGGAGAGGGUUUGGCCGAAACUCAGCCUCAAUUCGGCCCUUUCUGUCUGUUUCACCUAGUAUGGUUUUAUGCGAUAAACAAGUCCCAAACACGAAAAUCAAAUGAACUCAGAAUAAUGCACUCAACACAGUAUUUUGCAUACAGAGUAACGAUUUUGCCAUCGACUUACAGAAAUGAAACAUCUAAACCAAUUGGCGUGUGCAUUGAGUUAGACCCCUUUUAAUGCAUCAUACUUCUGCUUGCAUUGUUAAUCAUGCUAGUCUAACUGUAACUUCCGCUCGUAUGCAUUUUAUUGUGGAGCACUCAAUGAAGUUAUUAAUUCAAAAUACUAUUUUGGAAGCGCAGGGUGCUUGGAAAGUUUCACCACCUUGGCGAUUACAAUUUAUACUCCCAAAAGUUACAAACUUUAAUUCAGGCAUCGUUUAACUGGAGUAAUUAGGGGCAUCUUCUAUUCAGCAGCUCAAAGUCGGUAUUAUUCUCCAUUCCAGAGCCGGGUAAGAGAGUUGGAGGAUCUUCUCGACCUGGAACGUGAUGGUCGCGUUCGCGUAAGUCAGUUUUUCUAAAACACCCCCAGUGAAAGAACCAUACACUGAUGGUCUGUAAAACAAAUUAGAAAUAAUUUUUCUGCCGUUCAACUCCAUUUCACUAUUAAAGCCAACAUGUGGCUCGCACAAGCAGAUAGCGUGCUUCCUCCGGCGUGCAUAUUAGAUUUUUACAAUACUUGACCUACCUGGUUUUUCGUGUUUUUUCAUUAUUACAUCGAAAAUGGACUGACUGGAACCUUCAGAGUGCGCGAGACGGUAGCCCUUCUUAUAAAUCUUUUAGUCCUCCAGAGAACAGUAACUUACACAAUCAUGUAAUUAGGCAAUGUCGGAGGCAAUAAUUCUUCCUCAUAACAAGAAAGCGUCAAAAUUUCCCUUAGGAAAACAAAGGUUUUUCCCUUGCACGCAUGUGAAGAGUUCUGAUUAGUUUUGAGUCACUGCAUGUACACGAUUAAGAAAAUUGUUUUGAGGGCGCCAUAUAGCACAAAAUUAACGCUAAACCAGGCGGAAAUAAGUGGUAAGUUGGAAAAAGUCAGAUGGGCCAACAUUACCCCCUCACCCGUUACACAAACCCACUCGUCAAUAUGAAAGGAAGGGGGAGUUCCACGAGAGAGCUGAGAAAAAGCAGUCACGAUUGGCGGAAGAAGAAGUUGGUUCGCCUGACGUUUCGAAUCCGUACUCGAACCCAUCGCCCAGGACGCGCCCCCUGAGCUUUCAUUACCUUCCCCUGUUACUGUCUCUGAUGAUGGGUUCGAGUACGAGUCCGAAACGCUAGACGAGUGAAAUCAUUAUUCUAGCGUUCUCGUCUCCUUCCCAGAUCCCCUCGUAUUAGAGCUGGGAUGGUCGCCUAUUUUCGUUUGCAAGAAAGAGUCCCGUGUGUCUCUUUGCUACUAACUGGGAUUAAAUUAGAGUAAUGAAUACAGGGUAAACACUGACAGGAGGAUGAGACUGUUUCGUGCUGUAACCAGGUCCAGGCUAGGGGGUGAAUGGUUUAAUUAUAGCUAUAUAAUGUCCUGUGUGCGGACUCUUUCUGAAUUACUAUCCUACAGAAGACAUUUUGAAUAAUGAAUUCCAUAAGCUGCACAAUAGUUUCUCACUAUUUCUAAACUUAAUUAUAUAUUCCAUUCGAUUAUUUUUCCCCCCAGAAGUUUGGUGCUCGCCACUAGGAUAUGUAUUUUGACCCUAAAAACCUGACCAGCAAAGAAGUUUCGGAACCGGACUCAUCGUUCGCCUGGUUUUUUGUACUCUGGUUAGCACAAAAAGAACAGAUCCAUACUGCCAGCGGUCUUACCGUCAGAAGCAUUAGCGGAUCUAUCUUGAGCAUCUAACGGAUGACGGGCUAUGCGCUUUGCUUUCUAAAUCUGAAAUGAGAUCCUUGAGGGCAGCUGCCUGGUGAUGAGCAUAUGGCAUCUGGCAUUGUCGACUGGAAAUGACUAUUUCGGAUUCCAUGUCUUUGAUGUGAAUGGUCAUUGAGCUAUUUCAUCCACAUGACGGCUUUAUGCUCCCGUGGCGCUUACCUGUGGCGAAGUAAUUUCUUCAUCCUAAUCGGAUUCAAGCAGAGCCGAAUGAACACAUGCGAGAUUUAACCCUUGUCGAGCUUACUUUGACAUAGGCAGUUAAUUGUGUCGCAGUUGCUGCGGCAGUGUAAACGCAUGAAUAGACGUUACCAGACUCCUUUUGAAAAAAAUUUGGUGGGACAUUGCACUCCAGCCGCUACCGGAGUAGAGGCGGAGAAGAAAAUAAUAUGUACGUUCCACGGGGUCUACAGAUUUAGCCCAGGGAAAUUUGCACUAGUCAUGAAUCUAUCUGGAAUUCUUCAAAAUAUCUGCCGGGUAUUUCAGACAUAUAGGUCUGAUGCGUCUCUUGAAUACGUGACGUAUUAUAAUAACCUAAUCUAUAAGAAUGAACAGCUGUGAUGGUUGGUAGUAGUAAAUUGUUAACACCUUAUUUCCUUGCAGAAUCCGUUUUCCAACGUGCACGUUCGCAUUUUGUGCGUUAUUUCGCUGCAAAAAUUAGAUUUUAACUGAGCUCUCGUACCGUCUGGAGGUACUUGCAUAGCAAACUUCAUGUAUUCGGUUACCACUAGAAGAGAUAUGUUCAAAUUUGGAUUUUUUUAAAAACUCUGCGUCUACUACGAGUACUAGCCUAAGUACUUAAAUGUUUUUUUCUUAUUUAAGGCCGAGAGGAAUGCCAACGAGCUGGCCAUUCAGCUCGAGGCUCUCUCCGAGCGCCUGGAUGAACUGAGUGGAUCCUCCUCUCAAGUGGUAAAUUAGAGGCUUGCUCUUUUUAAACAGACCUCCUGUCUGAAUUUCUCUCUCUGUUUUUAGAUCUAGUCCUUUAAGUGGUGCAAUUUUAUCCUCCGUAACUUAUUACUACCUAUUGUUUGGGUACGAUUAUUGGUCGUCAAAGCAUGAACAACAAAGACGUUUGACCGCUAAGGUCAGCGUUCGUGCGUUAUUUAUGCAACUGAGCGAUUAAAAAACCGGAGUCGAAAUCAAGCAACCCUAUCGUAGUGUGUGCUAUUUUAAAAGCUACAAUAGGUGGGCUAACUCAUGAAAUGUCAACAGAAAUCCCGAAAUGCGUUUUCGUUUCGAAAAGAUUAAGCAGGAUUGUAAAACUAGUCAGCCUGAAACAUAAUUCUAUAAUAUUUCAGUAACCUCAAAAUGCCGGCUUUCGAACGAACUUCUGUCCGGCUGCAUGCAAAAACUACACUGUGUAAAAAAUGACAACUUAAGUAGAAUGAAUUUUUCUCACUGAUUUUCGAUGCCCAUAAAAGUCCAAUUAUAUUUCUUGGAAAACAUGCAUGAAAGUAUUCAUUCUUUCGCUCAUUCGGUAGACAAUUACGUCUUCUUCCAAUCUUAUACUCCGAGGAAGGGUACAAUUCGGUUUUCAAAAACUUUUCCAAUUCCCGAAUAAGUUUGACGCCUCUCUACCGUUACACUUGGAUUCAGGGUUUCAAAACUACUAGCUGUAUAUUUUCCGCGUACGGCAAACCACACAUUUCUCCACGGUAAUAAAGGGAGCCCAUAUAGGGUUCAUAAAAUUCAACAGUGGAUUUGAUCCAUAUUGUUAACUUAACAAGCCACAUUGGUGAAUGCAGACACAUGACGAUUUAUGAACGGCCAUUUCACGAUAUUUAAAAGUCCCACAAUUAGAAACGUUUUUAAAACCGAAUUACGUCCCUCCUUCGAGUAUACAAUUAGAAGAAGACGUAAUUGUAUACCGAAUGAACGAAAGAAUAAAUAUUUUCAUGCAUGUCUUCCAUGAAAUAUAAUUGGACUUUUAGGGGUAUCGAAAAUCAAUCAGAAAAAUCCAUUCUACUUAAACAGUCAUUUUUUACAGAGUGUAGUUUUCGCAUGCAGUCGGAAAGAAGUCCGUUCGAAAGCCGGCAUCCUGAGGUAAUUGAAAUAUUAUAGAACUAUGUUGCAGGCUGACUUGUUUUACAACUCUACUUAAUUACUCUUUUUGAAACGAAAACUCAUUUUGGAAUUUCGGUUGACAUUUCAUCAGUUAGCCCACCUCCUGUAGGUGUGAAUGAACUUGCGUAGGCGGGUGUUUCGUCUGUCAGGGAAGUGCGCGGCUGCACCUCUCGGCCGUUGUAUGGCCGGUGCCCGAUCCCCGCAGGCGACAUGGCACACCACCGUCUAGCGUUCCUGAACUUUACCGACAGCCGCACUACCCAUAUUUGCCACCAACCCUACAGCGGCCCGGACAACCAAUCACAAUACAGAUGCGCAAAUUGAUCGAUGUUUCGCGCAGAUGCCUUAACCACGCGUGGCCACAGUGCCAGCCAAGAAGUUGGGGGGCGGGGGGGGGGGACGAAGCAAUGAUUCAGUAUUGCAUACACGCCAACGUAAACAUGCAAACAUAUCAGUAGAAUCCAAACAAGCUAAAUUAAUUAAGGGUCAAAUGUCAGCAAUGGGGUCGAAGUUUGAAAUUCGUAUAUCAGGGUUUGCAACAGCCACGAUUUAUAGUUGGGGAUACCGAUGAGGCGAAACUUAGAAAUAUAUCAGUCAACAGAAGGCUUAGGUGACAACUAGUAGACGUUAGUGAGAAGUACCCCCCUUGGUUCUAAGGAGGACGACCGGUCAAACUGCGUCUGGUGAGAAAACAUGCAAGUACUGGAUUAACCAAUGACACGUAAAAUUGUUACAAGUUGUGCGUAGACGCCUGAAUGAAGUCCACAUUUUUUCCCCUAUUUCCACCCUGUUCGCAUUAGAAGACCUUUUGGUGCUCUUUUGCAUUCGAAAUAAGGAAGCAACAAUUUCUUCUCUACCCCCGCCGUCCUCUUUGUCACUGCUAGUACUCAAGAUAGUUAAAAUACAGGUUGUAUUUACAUGCCAGCACACAUGUCACCAGGUAGUCCUUUCCUAGAUAAAACCAGCCGCAGAUUGGUCUUGGCCCCGGAGCACAAAACGGUAACCGAAGAUUUGAAUUUAAGGCAAAAAACUAUUACGGAACUAAUUAGAUCCCUUCUAUGUCCCUUCCAAAUUUGGGGCUCUGACCAAUAAUGCUAUUAGUGUCAUUAUACUUGGUCGUACUGGUUGUUUAAUCAUUUCUAAAGCGUGACACAAUGUCGGACUGUGUAAACGUAUUUUUUCUUGCUACCUCCAACGCUAUGUCCGUAGAAUGAGACAGUUCGACGAAAAGAUAUGGAACUCAUGAAGUUGCGCAAAGAUCUCGAGAACGCCAACGCCGCCUUCGAAAAUGCCGAGAGUGUACUUCGUCGGAAGCACAACACCAUGAUCAAUGAGAUGACCACCGAGGUUGAGAAUCUUCAGAAACAGAAGGGAAAGUAUGUAAUUUAACAGUGAAGCAAACACUGGAAUAUCAUAUCGGUCGUUGCAUCUUUCAAUUAAUGGUCCGCCUUUUCCCCAUUUUACUCUCCCUAGAGCUGAGAAAGACAAGAAUCAGCUCAUGAUCGAGAUCGAUUCCGUCCUCGGACAGCUUGAUGGGGCCCUCAAGGCCAAGGUAAAAAGAACAAUUUAAAAGGGGUAGUUUCAACUCUUCUGCCACCCUCACACACGGGAGUUCAAAUUCACGUGUUUUCAAUCUCUUGUAGCAAUCAGCUGAAUCCAAGUUGGAGGGCCUCGAAAGUCAGCUUGCUCGCCUGAAGGGUCUUACCGACGACCUUCAGCGUCAGGCGGCCGAUGCCAAUGCGGUUAAAGGCAAACUUACUGCGGAGAACUUCGAGUUGACUCGCAUUAACCAGGAAUAUGAGGCUCAAAUCCUCAACUUUUCGAAAAUCAAGUCUGCUCUUGAAGCCCAGGUUGAUGACCUGAAACGCUCUCUUGAUGAGGAGGCUCGCGUAAGCACCUAUGCAAACACCGCCAAAGUGCCAGUUAAAAUACUGAUGAUUAACUGUCUUCUUACGGGCAAUUUGCCUUUUAUCUCUUCUAGAAUCGCCUAAAUCUGCAGACCCAAAUGGCUAGCCUCCAAAUGGACUACGACAACCUCCAGGCUCGAUUCGAAGAGGAAUCAGAGGCUGCCAGUGCGCUCCGCAACCAGGUUUCUAAAUUCAAUGCUGACAUGGCUGCCCUGAAGACUCGCCUGGAGAGGGAGUUGAUAGCUAAAACGGAGGAAUUUGAGGAGAUGAAGUGAGUUUACUCAUCCCAGAAAAUUGCAUGUACCUGGAAUUCGACCAUGGAAAAACCCUGAAACAAACCUUUGCGUGCCUUUUAGACGUAAGCUCAACGUCCGAAUCAAUGAGCUGACUGACAUGGCCGAGCAUGAACGUACACGCGCCUCCAACCUGGAGAAGACCAAGAAUAAGCUCACGAUCGAAAUCCGGGAUCUUCAGGCUGAGAAUGAGGCGGUAGGGUCGACAAUCCUAUUCUCUUCCUAUUUUGUCUUCCUCAUUGGAGAAAAUCAUAGAUAGGAUGACAUUUUGCUACGUUUGACUUUCCUAAAAAGACGCAGUAACGCAUUUACUCACCAUCUAGUUGGCCGCUGACAAUGCCGAGCUCACCCGUCGCGCCAAGGCUGCUGAACAUCAGGCUGCCGAACUGCAACGCCGUGUUGACGAACUGACCAUCGAAGUGAAUAACCUCACCUCGGCCAACAAUGCCCUCGAACAGGACAACAUUCGUCUCAAGGCGCAGGUCAACGACCUCACCGAUCGAAUCAGCAACCUCGAUCGUGAGAAUAAUCAACUCUCCGGUGAGUUCCUUUAGUUCUCAUGGAGCGUGGUGCCUUACCCUCGUUUUCGUUUAAAGCCCUUAUUAUUUCACCAGUUAUAGAUGAGUCUGGAAGACUAUAUUAGAAAUUAAUAAACCUCAUAGACCUCCUUGUCUACGACCUGGUGAUUGGUUAAAUCGGAAGCAAAUGGGCGACUUUGACCUGCAAAAGAGUGGUCUACAUAGCUAGGGCUUGCUGCUGCCGUUUAAGCUAGCAGGCGAAAGCACAGGUAAAUCUGUUUAAUAUGACCGAAAUGGGACGCUUAUCAAAAAACUAUAUGGGAAGUGAUGCUUUGAUUUAAGUAUGCUCCCAAGAUGGAUACAGAGGCACUUAGUAGUUUGAUUUGUUACCACGAUAUUAGAGCAACUGAAAGAGACCAAGUCUGCCCUGCGUGACGCCAACCGCCGCCUGACUGACCUUGAGGCUCUGCGUUCGCAACUGGAGGCUGAAAGAGACAAUCUAGCCUCUGCCCUCCAUGAUGCCGAGGAGGCCCUUAAAGACCUCGAAGCUAAAUACCAAUCCUCUCAAUCCGCUCUGGCUCACCUGAAAUCGGAGAUGGAACAGCGUCUGCGCGAGAAGGAUGAAGAAUUGGAGAACCUGCGGUAAGAAGGCCCUGGAAACGUCACUGCCUUGUGUUAUAAUUGUGUUCUACAUAUGUAACAUGGUCGCUGUUUUUUUUCGUUUAAUAUUCUAGCAAGAGCACUACUCGCACAAUCGAAGAGUUGACCGCCACCAUCACCGAGAUGGAGGUUCGUUUCAAGUCGGAGACGUCGCGUCUUAAGAAGAAGUACGAGGCUACGAUCAGCGAAUUGGAAAUGCAGUUGGAUAUGGCAAACAAGGCCAAUGCUAACCUCAAUCGUGAAAACAAAGCCCUUGCUCAACGUGUCCAGGAGCUACAGGUUGCCCUUGACGACGAACGCAGAGCUCGUGAGGCCGCAGAGGGCAAUCUUCAGGUGAGAUUUCCGUUUCUAGUCUCUUUUCCAGUACAAUUUACAUAGUUCCUCUGCUAUAUUUCUGCUUGCAAAACAUACCUUUACACUAAGUCAGUUUAACUAACCUUGCCGAGAUAAACAGUGUCAGUUCGUUUACAGGCAAGCGAACGCAAGCGCAUCCAACUGACAGCCGAGAUCGAAGAAAUUCGCAGCUCUCUUGAGGUUUGCGAACGCGCUCGCAAGAACGCUGAGAACGAGCUCGGUGAGGCUAACAACCGCGUUAGUGAGCUGACAAUGCAAGUGAAUGCGUUGACCAAUGACAAGCGUCGUCUUGAGGGUGACCUUGGUGUCAUGCAGGGCGACCUUGAUGAGGCAGUCAACGCCCGAAAGGUACGAACCCUCCCUUAUUCUCCACCCCACGCUAUCCAUCUAGUCUCUCCUAAAGUGAAUUUCAAAGCCACUGAUUUUGUACUAGGAUUUGUCCCUUUCAUUUUAUUCCCGUUGCCUACAUUUUCCCAGCGUUUAUUUGUGUGGUUUUUGGUCUCUUAGGCUGCCGAGGACCGUGCUGAUCGUCUGAAUGCCGAGGUUCUCCGUCUCGCUGACGAACUGCGCCAGGAGCAGGAGAACUACAAACGUGCUGAGGCCCUCCGCAAACAGCUUGAAAUCGAAAUCCGCGAGAUCACCGUGAAGCUUGAGGAGGCUGAAUCCUUCGCCACCCGGGAGGGCCGUCGCAUGGUUCAGAAGCUCCAGGUAUCAAACUUUUCGGUUUCUCUGAAUUGCUCAGACUAAGUGCACAAUGACAGGUCUACCAUAGGUACAUCUCAUUAAACUUGGUGAAUUCGAGCACGGCUACCGAACUUAAUAUUCUCAAAAUAAUAUAUAUGGCAAUUGUGUUGGCUCAAAUAGCUAUGAGGGAGCUCAGCCUGGUGGAAUGUUGCACGGAAGCUUGGAACUGUUGAUAACCAUUCGCAUGCGCUAGACGUCUGCAUUAUUUUAGAUAGCUUUAAAGGCCCCUAUUGUCGCGAAGUAUGUUCAGUAAAGUUACUUGCUUUGCCAUGAAUCUUUGAACAGAUGUCUCGAGGAUUAGACAAAUAAGUGAAACUGCUAGGUCUUUGACCUCCAAGUUCGGAAAGGCGCAUCGUAGUAUUUUAUCCUUUAGUUCUUUAACCCAGCAUGACAUUCAGAAAGAAGCCGCGAAGUAUGCUUCAUGCAAUUUCCUGGAUAUCAAACUAUGUGUUUUAAGUAGAAGACGUACUGGCUCAGUCGGAGACAGUUUGCGCACACUCUUUUGCUCAUAUUCAGUCACAGAAGAAAUUAUCUGCAAAGAAAACUAGACGCAGAACGCUGUUUUGCGGCCAGUAUCGAUCGUGAGGGUGUUUAAGCUUUCCUUAUCUGCGAUUAUUUAACGUGUCUGGAAUGCAUAUGUAGGAUCAUGUUAAAAGGGCAUGCCAUCCCUCCUUAACCCAAAUCACUAUCCCCUAGAACCGUGUGCGUGAACUCGAAGCCGAGCUGGACGCGGAAAUUCGCCGAAGCAAGGAUGCCGCGGCAAACGCACGCAAAUACGAACGUCAAUUCAAGGAGCUACAGACCCAAUGUGAGGAGGAUCGCCGCAUGGUGUUGGAACUGCAGGAUUUGCUUGACAAGACCCAAAUGAAGAUGAAGGCCUAUAAACGUCAGCUCGAUGAGCAGGUAAGUGGGCGUCAGUUCCCCAUGACUGUUUUUAAUUCCCUAAGGUUAUGCGAUUUUUAGCCCCUUUAAUACGAUCCGACGUUUAUUCUGUAGGAGGAGGUAUCUCAGCUGACGAUGAACAAGUACCGCAAGGCCCAACAACAGAUUGAGGAGGCCGAGCACAGGGCUGACAUGGCUGAGCGCAGCAUCACCAUCAAGAGAACCACCAUUGGUCCAGGUCUGCGUGCCCUUUCGGUCGCUCGUGAGAUGAGCACUAGCGUGGCUCGAGGAGGCCGUGCCACGAGCAUUAUGUAA